AUGGCGAGACAAGUGAAACGUAAGAGUGGAGCUGAUAGAAACGACGGAGGUGGAAAAUACAAUUCAAAUAACGAUAGGAGUGUGAAACGAGGAAGGUCGGAAUUGAGGACUGUAACACGUACAUCGAGGCGUGAUAGGGGACAAGAUGAGCAACACAACAGCCACGGAACAGGAGGAGACUUUGAUAUUGAGGGCAAUGUAAAAGAUGGUAGAGAAAAUGUGGAACAAGACAAAGAAGAGGAGGAAGAGGAGGAGGACGAGGAUAAGGGUAAAGCUUAUGAAGCCUUAUUGACAUUGCUUAAGAUUGAACAGAAGCAGGAAAUGAAAUCUGGAAAUAAAAUGGAAAAUGGUAGGGGAUUAGAGAAUACGGGAAGCGAAACUGGCGAGAAGGACAAUAGCGCAGUAAAAGAUGAUGAGGAUGAGGAUGAGGAUGACUUUGGUGAGGAUGAAAAUGCAGGUGUUGUAUUGGAAGAUCAAAAAGAAGAAGAGGAAGAGGAAAAGGAAGACGAAGACGAAGACGAAGAAGAAGAAGAAGACGAUGAGGACACACCCGCUGGCAUAAACAACGACGCAUUUGAAUUGCAUUUUAAUCAACCAACAGAGGAGUAUUUGGAACAAGAAGAUAAAUUGGUGUUAAAAGAGAAUGCAAAAUGGAAUAUACAUAAAAAAGAGUCAUACGAUGACUUGUCGUUGACAUCAAUAACACAAUCACCACCAGGUAGUUCCAUUACUAUACCAUCUUCAUUAUUGAAGCAAAAAGGUACAGAUAUUUCCGAAUACCCAUUGAAGAAAAGAGUUUAUACUGCAUUUGAAUCUACAUAUGGGCCCUCGAUCUCGAAAUUGGAGUCGAUUCUUCUUAAACCCAUUUUGAACUAUCAAGACAUCAACUAUCAAUACAAGGCAUUUCUGAAUUCUUCUUAUAGGAAAUUAUAUGCUCUCCAUGCCUUGAAUCAUAUUUACAAAACCAGAGAUAGGAUACUUAAGAAUACUGCCAAACUACACCAACUGAAUGAAGAUGGCGAUGAUUUGGAAUUGCGAGACCAGGGAUUUACAAGACCAAAAGUCCUUAUUCUCUUGCCUACAAGAGACGCUUGUAAUGAGAUUGUGGAAAUGAUUAUAAAACUUUCAGGAACUGACCAACAAGAAAAUAAAAAGAAGUUUACCACUCAGUUUUACACCAAAGCCGAAACGAGAACCAAUAAACCUGGUGACUUUCAAGAUGCUUUCAAGGGAAAUAAUAAUGAUUUCUUUUGUAUUGGUAUGAAGUUAACUCGUAAGACAUUGAAGCUUUAUUCAUCUUUUUACUCAUCAGAUAUUAUCUUGGCAUCACCAUUGGGAUUAUCGAUGAUUUUGGAAAAUCCCGAUAAGAAGAAAAGACAAUAUGACUUUAUCUCGUCCAUCGAGGUUCUUAUUGUUGACCGGGCAAAUCAAAUCGAGAUGCAGAACUGGGACCAUGUUAACACAGUAAUGAAGUAUAUCAAUAAGGUUCCAAAAGAGUUUCACGAUGCGGAUUUCAGCAGAAUCCGAAUGUGGAGUAUAAAUGAUCAAGCAAAAUUGUUGAGACAAACCUUGGUGUUUAGCGAGUAUCAAACACCCGCUAUCAACAAUCUUGUUUCGUCUAAAUCGCACAAUCUCGCGGGAAAGAUUAGGUUUAAACCAGUCAUUACAUCAGAGAAUAGUAUAAUGAACUCAAUUGGCUUGAGGAUUAAACAAGUCUUUCAGCGUUUUCCUAGCGAAUCGCCUUUGGCAGAUCCAGAUUCUCGUUUUAAGUUUUUUACAAAUUCUAUUAUACCACAUUUGCUCCAAUCGUCCUCGUAUGGUAAUGGGAUAAUGAUUUAUAUUCCAUCAUAUUUUGACUAUUUACGAGUCAAGCAACACUUUAAGGAUUCUACAAAGUACAAUUUUGGCGCAAUAGAUGAAUACAGCUCGCAAUCAAAAUUAACAAGGACAAGACACGAGUUUGCACUGGGUAAAAUUCAAAUUAUAUUAUACACAGAAAGAUUGCACUAUUUCAGACGCUAUGAAAUUAGUGGUGUUAAAAACUUGAUUAUGUAUGUACCACCAUCAAAUCCGCUAUUCUAUAAGGAAUUGAUAAGGUUUAUUGGAAAAUCCGUGUUCAAAGAAGAAUGUGACUUGGACUUGACAUGGGCAAAACUAAUCUAUUCUAAAUGGGACGCAAAUGCGUUGGAAAGAAUCGUGGGAAAUGAACGUGCACCGGUAUUGUGCAGCUCCCAAAACGAACAAUAUGAAUUUAGGUAA